AGAACAGCCAAUGCAGCCGCCAUCCACGCACCAGCAAAGCAGCAUGUCCCAUUUAAAUCCACCCACGCAGCCCCAGCGCCCUUAGCCGCUCCGGGCGCGCAGCCCACACGCACCGCGGCUCCGGCCUGGAAGGUCCGCGCAGGUGGAGCUCGCAGACCCGGCGGAUCGGAGCCGGCGCGCGGGCACCGACCGGGGUGGGCGGGGGAGGCUGGGCCCCGGGCCUCGCGAGCGACACCCGCAUGAGGACGCGAGCGCGAUAGACCAGGGUGGGAUUUCCUAGGGCGACGCUGCGGGGUGGCUCUGACCCAUCUCUCCGGUGACGAGGUCGACAUGGCGAGCGACUCUCCGGCUCGCAGCCUGGAUGAAAUCGAUCUCUCGGCUCUGAGGGACCCAGCAGGGAUCUUUGAAUUGGUGGAACUUGUUGGAAAUGGAACCUAUGGGCAGGUUUAUAAGGGUCGUCAUGUCAAAACGGGCCAGCUCGCAGCCAUUAAGGUCAUGGACGUCACAGGGGAUGAAGAGGAAGAAAUCAAGCAAGAAAUUAAUAUGUUGAAGAAAUAUUCUCAUCACCGAAAUAUUGCUACAUACUAUGGUGCUUUUAUCAAAAAGAACCCACCAGGCAUGGACGACCAGCUCUGGUUGGUGAUGGAGUUUUGUGGCGCUGGCUCUGUCACCGAUCUGAUCAAGAACACAAAAGGUAACACGCUGAAGGAGGAAUGGAUCGCCUACAUCUGCAGGGAGAUCUUACGGGGGCUGAGUCACCUGCACCAACAUAAAGUGAUUCACCGUGAUAUCAAAGGGCAGAAUGUGCUGCUGACGGAAAACGCAGAGGUGAAAUUAGUGGACUUUGGAGUCAGUGCCCAGCUCGAUCGGACAGUGGGCAGAAGGAACACCUUCAUCGGGACCCCCUACUGGAUGGCCCCAGAAGUCAUUGCUUGUGAUGAAAAUCCAGAUGCCACCUACGACUUCAAGAGUGACCUGUGGUCUCUGGGCAUCACCGCCAUUGAGAUGGCAGAAGGCGCUCCCCCACUCUGUGACAUGCACCCCAUGAGAGCCCUCUUCCUCAUCCCCCGGAACCCUGCACCUCGCCUGAAGUCUAAGAAGUGGUCAAAAAAAUUUCAGUCUUUCAUUGAGAGCUGCUUAGUAAAGAAUCACAGCCAGCGGCCAGCGACCGAGCAGCUGAUGAAGCAUCCGUUUAUACGAGACCAACCUAAUGAGCGACAGGUCCGCAUUCAACUCAAGGACCAUAUCGACAGAACCAAGAAGAAGCGAGGAGAGAAAGAUGAGACUGAGUACGAGUACAGCGGAAGUGAGGAGGAGGAGGAGGAGAACGACUCCGGAGAGCCCAGCUCCAUUCUGAACCUGCCAGGGGAGUCCACGCUGCGCCGGGACUUCCUGAGGCUGCAGCUGGCCAACAAGGAGCGCUCCGAGGCCCUGCGGCGGCAGCAGCUGGAGCAGCAGCAGCGGGAGAAUGAGGAGCACAAGAGGCAGCUGCUGGCCGAGCGCCAGAAGCGCAUCGAAGAGCAGAAGGAGCAGAGGCGGCGGCUGGAGGAGCAACAAAGGAGAGAGAAGGAGCUGCGGAAGCAGCAGGAGAGGGAACAACGCCGGCACUUUGAGGAGCAGAUACGCCGGGAGGAGGAGCGGAGGCGCGCGGAGCACGAGCAGGAGUACAUCAGGCGACAGUUAGAGGAGGAGCAGAGGCAGUUAGAAAUCUUGCAGCAGCAGCUACUGCAUGAACAAGCUCUACUUCUGGAAUAUAAGCGCAAACAAUUGGAAGAACAGAGGCAAGCCGAAAGACUGCAACGGCAGCUCAAGCAAGAAAGGGACUACUUGGUGUCCCUUCAGCAUCAGCGGCAGGAACAGAGGCCAGUGGAGAAGAAGCCGCUGUAUCACUACAAAGAAGGCAUGAGUCCUAGUGAGAAGCCAGCUUGGGCCAAGGAGGUCGAAGAACGUUCGAGGCUCAACCGGCAGAGUUCACCUGCCAUGCCUCACAAGGUUGCCAACCGGAUAUCUGACCCCAACCUGCCUCCUAGAUCAGAGUCCUUCAGCAUUAGUGGGGUUCAGCCUGCACGGACACCUCCUAUGCUCAGACCCGUGGAUCCCCAGAUCCCGCAUCUGGUGGCCGUCAAAUCCCAGGGCCCGGCCCUGACCGCCUCCCAGUCAGUGCACGAGCAGCCCACCAAGGGCCUCUCUGGGUUUCAGGAGGCCCUGAGCGUGACUUCGCACCGCGUGGAGAUGCCGCGCCAGAACUCGGAUCCCACCUCCGAAAACCCUCCGCUCCCCACACGCAUCGAGAAGUUUGACCGGAGCUCUUGGUUACGGCGGGAAGAAGACAUUCCACCAAAGGUGCCUCAAAGAACAACUUCUAUCUCCCCAGCAUUAGCCAGAAAGAAUUCUCCUGGGAAUGGUAGUGCUCUGGGACCCAGACUAGGAUCUCAACCUAUCCGAGCAAGCAACCCUGACCUCCGGAGAACAGAGCCCGUCCUGGAGAGUCCCCUGCAGAGGACCAGCAGCGGCAGCUCCUCUAGUUCAAGCACCCCCAGCUCCCAGCCCAGUUCCCAAGGAGGCUCUCAGCCUGGAUCACAAGCAGGUUCCAGCGAACGGACCAGAGUUCGAGCCAACAGUAAGUCAGAAGGCUCUCCUGUGCUCCCCCACGAACCUUCCAAAGCGAAGCCAGAAGAAUCCAGGGACAUUACCCGGCCCAGUCGGCCAGCUAGCUAUAAGAAAGCUAUAGAUGAGGAGAUUGGUAUUUCUGGAAGGUACAUCACCAAGAAUAUUCUUUCUUCUGAUCUCAGACCCACAGGAGCCCCUGGGAGCAAUGAGCAGUACAGUGUGGGGAUGGUGGGGACGCACGGGCUGGAGGCCACCCACACCGACUCCUUCAGCAGCAGCAUUUCCAGAGAGGGAACCCUGAUGAUCAGAGAGACAUCUGGAGACAAGAAGCGAUCCGGUCACAGUGACAGCAACGGCUUUGCCGGCCAUGUCAACCUCCCCGACCUGGUACAGCAGAGCCAUUCUCCAGCUGGAACCCCGACCGAGGGCAUGGGGCGUGUGUCCACCCACUCCCAGGAGAUGGACGCCGGGACUGAAAAAUACGGCUCCUAUGUGAAUAACUUAACAUUUUAUUCUACUGGAAAAAGGGGCAUAAGGUAUAGACACUCUCCCAGUUUGGUUGCCUUCACCAAACGCACACUACACGAGAGAAGCCCCCAGUGUUCUGAGGCCCCGUCUCCACCCCUCCAUCGGUCAUCUUUGAAGAGGCCACUGACUUCUCUGAUUCUCUUUCUCAAAGCCCUGUUUACUAGCGAACUUCUUAGGCAAGAGCAGGCCAAACUCAACGAAGCAAGAAAGAUCUCAGUGGUCAACGUAAACCCAACCAACAUCCGGCCCCACAGCGACACACCGGAAAUCAGAAAAUACAAGAAACGAUUCAACUCAGAAAUCCUUUGUGCAGCUCUGUGGGGUGUCAACCUCUUGGUGGGAACGGAAAAUGGCCUGAUGCUUUUGGACCGGAGUGGACAAGGCAAAGUCUACAACCUGAUCAACCGGAGGCGAUUUCAGCAGAUGGAUGUGCUAGAGGGACUGAACGUCCUCGUGACAAUAUCAGGAAAGAAGAAUAAGCUGCGAGUUUACUAUCUUUCCUGGCUGAGAAACAGAAUAUUACACAAUGACCCAGAAGUGGAAAAGAAACAAGGCUGGAUCACGGUUGGGGACUUGGAAGGCUGUAUCCAUUACAAAGUCGUUAAAUACGAAAGGAUCAAGUUCUUGGUGAUCGCCUUAAAGAAUGCGGUGGAGAUAUAUGCGUGGGCUCCUAAACCAUACCAUAAGUUCAUGGCAUUUAAGUCUUUUGCAGACCUCCAGCACAAGCCUCUGCUGGUGGAUCUCACGGUAGAAGAAGGUCAAAGAUUAAAGGUCAUUUUUGGUUCGCACACUGGUUUCCAUGUGAUUGAUGUCGAUUCAGGAAACUCUUAUGAUAUCUACAUACCAUCUCAUAUUCAGGGCAAUAUCACUCCCCAUGCUAUCGUCAUCCUGCCUAAAACCGAUGGGAUGGAGAUGCUCGUGUGCUAUGAGGAUGAGGGGGUGUAUGUAAACACCUAUGGCCGGAUCACAAAAGAUGUGGUGCUCCAAUGGGGAGAAAUGCCCACGUCUGUGGCCUACAUUCAUUCCAAUCAGAUAAUGGGCUGGGGCGAGAAAGCUAUUGAGAUCCGGUCAGUGGAAACGGGACAUUUGGAUGGCGUAUUUAUGCAUAAGCGAGCUCAAAGGUUAAAGUUUCUAUGUGAAAGAAAUGAUAAGGUAUUUUUUGCAUCCGUGCGAUCUGGAGGAAGUAGCCAAGUGUUUUUCAUGACCCUCAACAGAAAUUCCAUGAUGAACUGGUAACAGAAGAGCACUUGGCACUUAGCUUCAUGGCGUUCUUUCUAAUGUAAAAGAACCUAACUCGUGUGGACUGAUGCCAGUCUAGAGGCAGAACCUGAAGGCUUGGUUGAACAGACCACAUCCCCUUGUCCUCUCCCCGCGCCCGUCCCAGUACAGUCCCGCUUCCAAUGUUGCAGCCUGGUUGAGAAAGAGAGAGGUGGCAGGAGUUUCCAGGAGAGCCCCAAGAACGCUGCCUUGUCUGUGGACAAAGAUGGACACGUGCCCUUCGGCGUUAGGGAUAGAAACAAAUAUUGUGUGCUCCUAUGAUUAAGUUGUGUGUGGGUGGGCUUUGAGUUUUUGUUUGGGGGUUGUUUGUUUUUAACCUUGUUCUUUAUUCCCCCACCCCCACCCCUCAUCCUUUUGAAGACUGGGGAGAGAAUGCCUACUGAGAAAAUGAGUCGGUUUUUAAUUCUGUCUGCCUGCUAGCAUUAAGUAUAUGGUAUGUUGUAACAUCUCCAAUUUCGAAUGGUGAGAGACAGCACAAUAAAUGUACCUUCUCUCCUCACACUGAAGGCCAUAACUGCAUAGUGGGGUACUUUUAGAAUUCUUUUGCCUUCACCAACCCCCACCCCACCCCAAAGAGUUGCUUUUUGAUAGCAACUGGCUAAUGAAUUUUUAAAAGAGAAGAAAAAUACUAGUUUUCCCCUCUUUCGGGAAGUAGAUGUUAAAUGGCUAAGCUACUAGCCUUAGACUAAUCAAAUCAACUACCACUUUUGAGAGCCUGGCAGGUGAUCGUCUUCUAUGGCCCUCUGCAGGAUGGAAUGUGUGGACCGGGACAGUAGAGCCACGGAGUUGAGGUGGCUCCAGGGAUGGAGGGAGUCCUUAGCGCAGCUUUCCCUCAGCUGUUUGGCAGCAGCGCGGGGCAAAAAAACGGAUGGCAGGGAGGGUCCGGCAGAAAGAGCUAGGAAACAAGCUAAUAUAUAUACUUUUUUUUUUUAAUGCACAAAGCCUCUGUGGCCACCAGGUCAUGUGGCUUUGGCUUCCUUAGGAGGGAGCCUUUGUGGGGUGGCCGCUGGGAACUGAGGAGUGGAUGACAACCAGGCUCUGGCCGUUCCCAGCUCUCUCCUGAGAGUACCACUCUCAAGACGAAAACUGGGACUGAAAAGGAAUUCACCCUCAGUGUCUCUGAGUGGCGGCCUGUGUUCUCUCUGGGUUGGUGACAGAAGGGACUAGACUACUAGGCCCGGCUGUGACACAGACAGGCAUUACUGGUUCAGAUUUUAUAGAACUUGAAAGCCAGGCUUUGGCCCAAAUGCUGAGACCCUAGUCAUUUUACCUUCCUCCAAAUGACCCAACAUGCGGUAAACAACAUUUGUGCAGAAUUAUGUAUGUAUUUAGUUCAGGUUGACUUGUGUCCUAUAAACUCUUCCUCAGAUGAUUUGAACUUCUCUGUGACUGUCUGGGAUUUUUUUUUUCUUUUUCCCAAAGCUACAAGCAUGGCCACCUGUGGUAUCAAGGUGUUGCAAAACAAAACAAAACAAAACAAAAAAAAACGGUCUCUGUGUUGCGCUUCCUGUGUUAACCUACCUCGUUUUCUUCAUUUGCGUUUUACCGUUCAUCACAGCAGUGUUAUCUCCAGGAGAUAUAUAGAGAGCUCACCUGGCAAUCUCAGGUGUACUUAAGAUGUGUAAAAUGAAACAGUAGUUGACCAAAUUGUUCUUAUAAAUAAAAAAGAAAGAAAAUGAAUAAAUACCAACAACAAAUGCCAAAUGUGGCUCCUUUGUGGAGAACCAUAUGAUGGCUAUCAACUGAUCUAAUCAGCCACCACAGGAAAAAUCUAAAUGUAUACGAUCCCCCGGUUUGGCCUGACCACAUGAGCAGCUGAUGUACUAUUAAUGAGAACAAAAUACACACGGAGCCGUUUCCUUCUGGUGAGUUGGGUGCCGGGGGAAGGCAGGAGGAAAUCUGGUUUCGGGGUCGGAUCCUCUGCCCUUCUUCUGAAAGGGGCUGGCCUUUGCACUGACUGGAAGCAGGGAGCCUGACAGGAAUGGGAUGGAGGACGGUCUUCAGGCAGUCCCCAAGAUAUCCUCGUCACAGCCCCUUGAGCGCUCAAAAGCAGUGAAGCCCUCCGGUUCUCGUUUGUACUGCUCGGUUGCCCUGCUGAACGGUGUGAUCUUGACCAAUUCAGCAAUAACUUUCGGACUGAACUUUAACAACUACUGUAAUCGGACGCUGGCACAAACAAACUAGGUUGUUCUGGGUCGCAUCCCCUGAAAUGUGAUUGCCACCAGCUCUUUAUAUUGCUGCUGUGGUAUUGGAAACCAGAAGCUUCUUUAAGUUAUGUUGCGAACUGAUCUUUUGUUGUUUGUGUGUGUGUGUGUGUGCGUGUGUGUGUUCUGUUUUUAUUUCUAAAUGAUAUGUUUGAAACACACAGCUUUAACUGAUUUUUUUAUUGUGGGGUUUUUUGGGGGGUUACAGUUAAGAAAUAAAAGGGAAUCAUGGUGUUCAAACAUAAGGUAGUUUGUGAAUGUAUUUUUUAAAACCUAGAUUCAUUGAAGCAAAGAUCAUAAGAACAAUAUUAACGAAGUCUUGUUUACAGUAUGUACAGUGACAACAUAGAACACAAGCUUUUCUGGUGCCAACAACAAUAAAACACUGACGUGAAACAGCAA